ACAAUUUGCGUUGCUUCUUCACUGGGAUAUUCCAACUGUUGAUGUCUAUGAUGUUACUAUUUCUUAAACUUGUAUUUGUCCAAAUUAUAAUGACGCAUCAGUUCGUUUAUGCGAACUGUGGGCUAGUCAUUUGAGAAACAGUCUUCCAUAUCAUCAGUUCUGCUUUUUUUAUCUCCUUAGAGACGUCACUGUUGUGGGGAUUACAUAGGCGUUAAUUUUUGAUGUGAUGUCAGACACAGCAUCUCAGUAUGCAAAUUAUAUUUUGCAGAAGUAUUUCGGUGAAGCUGCUACAGUAAGCACACGUAUUUUGUGUGUCAAAGGUGCAUCAAGUUUAUUUGAAAUUUUAAAGAAUUGUCAUAAAAAGUUGGAUUCACGUCGUGUUUGCAGGUGUCUGAUUUCACUGACAAGACAUUCUGUCCUAACUAUUAAAAAGGACACAGUAUUAAAGUAUGGUUUCAAUUACGAACGUAUAUUUUUUAUACCAAGAUCACCGUUAUUUUGUAAAUUGGUAUUCCAUUACUAUGGCAAAGUUGCAGAGCAAGUUAUGUUAUAUUUUUCUACUAUUGGGCGGGCUACUUUAAGUGAUGUUUUGAUCUAUUGCGUUAAGAAGCAUCUCAAACUUAAGCUUUCUGUAGAAGAACAACACACUUACGUUGAAUCCUUGGGAACAACUGUAACAACGCUUGUGAAAACAAAUGUUUUACAGACCACAAAUCCUAAACUUUGGUCACUUGAAAACACCAAAGAAACAAAUUCUUCACAAACCGGUGAAACGUCUACAGUCACAUCAACUACCCAAGAUCCUGAAAUACAAGUUUCAAAAGAAGAGAUAUGUGAAGCAUUACACAAUUAUAUUGCAAGUGGACGAGUCACCUGGCCUAUACCUAUUGAAGUAAACAGUGAACCGUCGCGUAAACGCGCGAAACGCUAUGAUGAAUCUUCUGAGGCAUGUGGUGAUAUUCUAUCACACUUAUUAUGCAUUGCUACAGCUGCUAAUCGUGGCACAGGAAUAACUUCUCCAGAAUCAGGAGCUGUUUCACGUGCAGAGCUUUUACGAAGUAUGCGAACUGUACCGGAUUUCGUAUCUUCAUACAUUUCUCUCCUGAUAGAUGAUGAGAUGAAAUUUCUGUUACAACAACCUGGAUUGGGCGGAUAUAUGUAUACAUGUCCCUAUAAAUACGUUGUAAAACAUCUAUUCGUCAGGAAUGUCGAGUAUAUAAUUCAAAUUUUAUUUGAUACAAACGGUUUACGGAUUUUCCGAUAUCUAUUACUUACGGGACCGUCAAAUUUAGAAGAGAUUGAACGAAGAGUUCUACUACCUCAAAGUGAUUUCCGACGAAUACUUCCACGCAUGGUAUCUAUGGGUUUCGUUGCAACAACUGAAUUAUCACGGACUAAAGAUUAUUCAGCAGAAACUAUCUAUUGCUUAUACUCAAUUAAUUUACUUCAGUUGGCUAGACUGGUAAUUGAACUAUCUCAGCAUGAAGUUUAUCGUUUAUCCCUGAGACGUGAUCAUGAAUUCUCACAGAAAAGUCGUUUAAUUGAACAACGUUAUCGUAUUGAAACGCUUAUCCUACAACAUCAAGCAAAGUUGAGCGAAUACAACAACGGUUCAUCAUCGAGUACCUCGUUAAAUGAUUCCAAUGACUCUGAGUCUCAGCAUAAAGAAAGUGUAGAAGCAUUGAAAUCUUCAAUUACACCUGCUGAAGUGAAUCAGUUGACAGUUUUAUCAAACAAAUUAUCGAAGUUGUUGAACUGUGAAUACAAAUGUCAUACGGCAUGGUUUGUAGCCGAUCUCUACAUUCGUUUGCAUUCAUAAUAGUACAUGUUGGCCUGACAAAAACAAAUUUUCUGUAAUUUAUUUUUAUGUAAAUAGCUUCCUCAUUUAUGAAUUGUAUAAUAUAUUGUUGUAAAUUAUAAUUGUUUAUUUUGAAUU